UGUCGUUACACCAACACCAAAUAUGUGAGUGAUAAUAGUGUUAAGUAAAUGAAUAUUGAAAAUGUUAGCUUGUGUGUGUCAGCCAACGGAGACAGCGUUAUUAUUUAAAGGAGGAUCACCAGUUGCUAUGGGGCCACUUGGUACACACAAAAUACGACAUAACCCUGUGGAUGCCAUGAAAGCCAUCAAAUUAAUUCCUGCAGUCGUUCGACGAUCAAGCGAUGACACUAAAGAUAGUUCUCCGUCUCAUAACUCAUCGCCAACCCUUAUAAACUCUAACGGAAACUUACUUAAUCUAAGGAAAAUAGAACGAAAAGCUAAAUCAACGAAAAUCUUAGUUAACCCCGUGUGCUCCGACAGCGUCAGCACAAGUGACGAUAGCAAUCGAUCCAAAAAUUCCAAGUGGAAUGGUAAGAAAAAACGACUCAAGUCUGAAGCCGCGAAGAACCAUAAGAAAGACGAACGCAAACGUGAUAAAAAUGAUCCAAUUAGCAGGAGCGAUGGUAAAGAAGAUAAGAAAUCGAUAUCUUGUUUCAAAAUAAAAAGUUCCGAAGAUAAAUCACGUUCAGCCGAAGACAGAAAAUCUGGAAAAGAGAACUGUACAAAUGAGAACGCGAGUAAUCUGAUGAGUACAGAAAAGCCCGAUAUUAUCAACCACGCCAGGAAAAAUAGCAGGGAAAUUUUAGUAGAUGAAGGUACUAUGACAGAUCAGACGAUGUUAAGAAAUGACCAAUUGGAUACGGGAAAGACUGAUACUACUAUAGCAGUUAAGGAAAGGAAGAUAAUAUCAGUUUUCUCAACUUUGAAAGCCAUUGUUUCCAAAUUGCAUCUUUUAUCGGACAGUAUUGGAGCAACAGAUGUUCCAGUCGCUGGCAAUGUUCCGCUAGGAGCUCGAUUUAUGGAAGCUUCGAAAAUGAUAAAGCCUCUUGUGUGUAUCCGACUGUGGAGACAGAAACGCGGGCAGUGA